AGUUUCACUUGUAAGUGUUGUGGAGACGGUGGCUUUCACUGUUUUUUUGUUAAAUUUAAAGAGUUUUCUCAGUCUGCAUUUCAGUUUUUCCGGUAGAAUAUGACUAGUAGUUUAUCUGACCAAAAGAAGACGGAACAAACAGAAUCCUUGUCCCUAGAAUAUUUGUUCAAAACACAAGCAAUACAGUCACAAUCAAACAGACUUUGGCUGCAAUUCACAUUUAUUUGUGUUUCACAUUUUCGCACUUUGCCAUAUUUUGCAGUAAUGAUAGUUUGGGGUUGCUGUUAUUGUUGGUUGGUUUAGGAUCCUACAAUUCUUUGUGUAUCUUUUAUCUGGACAAAUUCUAUUCCACAAAGUUUGAGCGUACUCAUUUUUUAGUUAUUCCAUUAAGAAUCUACCACUAAGCAAUAUGACAAUCACAGUAUGUUUAGACUGCUUCCUGAAGGUCUGACAACUAUACAAAGCGGGUUAUUUAUACAAUUUACUUUAUGAAAUGGCAAUUUUCUGCAGGUUAAUAACUACUAAUAUUUUAUCGAUACUAUAGGACUUUCCCGAAUACAGUUUUUUUGGGCUUCGGUUAGUUUGAAUUUGUGGAUAUUAUUAUGCAGAAUAAAACGUGUAAGUAUAAUAAACGUGUGUUUGCCACAGAGCUUAUUUUCUGCAAUAAUCCAAAACCCAAUGGAAAAAUCCCAUUGGGUUUUUUGUCAAGGGAACCCAGGGUGAUGCUAACUUCCUAAAAUACGUCAUCCCUGUACCACUCUAUUACCACACUGCAUUAGUAAGCUUUAAAACUGAUACUUUUAAAAACAAAAUAUUAAUUUUGACACAUUUUUGAAGAGCUCUUUGUAUUUAUUCAGACAGAAUUUAUUAUAGUAACUUUCAUAAGGGAUGAAAAGUGUAACAAAUGAAAACUUUGUGGUUGAUCAGUCUGUAUUUAUGUGUUUUUUUGUUGUUGUUCAUUUUUCACAUUUUGUACUUAUUGUCCAAUUAUAUUGUUAUAAAAAAAAAAAGUUUCUUUGUCGUAGGUUAUUUUGUUGAAUGAAAAUAAACUGUAGAAAGAGUGAAGAGUGAAGCCUGGUUGUUGUCAGACUGUGGCGCACUUGCAGUAAUAUUCAUGUGGCGGGCGGGAAGUGUGUGAUAGGGAUUCCUGGGACGUCUCCAGGCAACCAGAACCUGACGCAACCUCCCAGCCCCUCCUCCAGCAGCUCUCUGCUCAGAAACAAGUGGACCGUGGAGCUGUUAGGGUGAUGAUAUGAGAGAGAGGGAGAGAGAGAGAGAGAGAACAGACUGGAGAUGCUCUUCACUGAUGUGGCUGCUUGAACUACAAGUUGGACUACAGCAGGAGGAUUCAUACAAGACCUAAAGACACUCUGCCUCCAAAACACAAAUGGAGGUUUAAAGGAACUUUUAAAGACUUUCUUGACAAAUAAAGUGGACGCAGAAAGGACGGAAACCUACAACUAUGGUCAUUUAUAACAACGAAAGAAGCCACCAAUGAAGAGCAGAUAUCUACUUUUUAUUUUGACACAUUUUUAAGGAGCUUUUUGUAUUCAGCAGAUUAAUGAUGGACACUCCCUCAGUUCCUCAGAUUAUUGUGGACAAGGCUAGAGUCCCGGAGGAGGCAGACUGUGAGGAAGACGUGGAUUUGCCCGCAGACGACCAUCUCAUGAACUUGAAGGCCUUGACAGAGAAACUAAGGCUGGAGACCAGGAGACCUUCUUACCUGGAGUGGAAAGCCCGGCUCGAGGCGGAGAGCUUCAGAGGGUUCGGAACUGGAAAAGAUCCGAACCAAGUGGAGCCGGAGGGGAAAGUAGUCGCCCCCAAAGAGACUGGAGUGAAGUCUGAUGUGAUUCAGUGCAAGUUGCCGUCGGGUGCACUGCAGGGAUUCGAGAACAUCGAUGAAGCUCUCAGUUGGCUGAGGAGAGAACUGACAGACAUGCGCUUGCAGGACCAGCAGCUGGCGAGGCAGCUCAUGCGGCUCCGCAGCGACAUCAACAAGCUGAAGAUCGAGCAGACGUGCCACCUGCAUCGCCGGAUGCUCAACGACGCCACCUUUGGCAUAGAGGAGAGGGACGAGCUGUCGGACCUGCUGUGCGAAUGCCCGGUCACCCCGGGGCUCGGCCUCUCGGCCCCGCUGAGACUCAUCGGCGUCACCAAGAUGAACAUUAACUCUCGGCGCUUCUCGCUCUGCUAGUGGCACUUCAGACAGAAAAAUCCUUUUUUGACCACAAUGUUGUGAGGAUGUAACCCCCGUUUUACAGGCCCUAUAAUCAAAGAGAGAGAUUUAGAUAAUGUAUAUUAUUUAGGAAGAGUGUAAUAGGUACAUAUAUAGUGUUUUUUGCCACAAAACUAUACAUGGCAGCUAAAUACAGAAACCUCUCUGUCUUAAAACCGCAGCAGAAUUUAGACCUUUAGGUCAUCGUGACUUGAAAUAGAAGACUUGCCGUUUUUAAACUACAGUAUAGAAAUCUCAAACUUAUUCCUAUCCACUUUCUAAGCCGUAUCAGUUAUACUAUUGCCAGUUAUGUUUCCAUAUACUUUGGUUGUUUGCUGGGUCUUUCGUGGUUUCUAUCUACAAGCCAAGAUUUAGCAAGCACAGAUUAAAUCUUUAAGUAUAUUCACUCUGUAUGAUGUUUUCAGGUUUCAUUCCAUGUCCUGCAUCUUAAUCUAAAUGCUUUGUGCUUUUAAAAAAAGAUGCCUUAAUAUUGAUACGAAAUGUACCCUACAGUAUAUAGACCAAUGCAUAUUUGAGUUAGCGAGUAGUUGUAUCAAUUUAGCGAACAUUGUCUUUUGUAGAAUAUGAUGAAAUGAUUUAUUCUUUAUAAUGACUGUCAUGUUGCACAGUAAUUUGCUGCAGUUUGCUUCUCAUAAGUAAAGAUGUAUUUAGCUUU